AUGGAGGAUGAGUUGUCUGCUUUACAGAAAACUAGUAUUUGGAAGUUGGUUCCUUUGCCUGCUGGUAAGAAUUUGGUUGGUUGCACAUGGGUCUACAAAGUCAAGGCUCAUUAUGAUGGUUCUCUUGAGCAUUACAAAGUUCGUCUGGUUGCCAAAGAUGAUUCUACUUUAUAUCGAGAGCUCGUGGGUUGCUUAGUCUAUCUGACAGUUACUUGCCCUAAUCUUGCGUAUGCUGUUCAUGUGGUUAGUCAGUUCGUUUUUGCUCCUCGUUCUACAUAUUGGGCUGCUUUGGUUCGGAUUCUUCGUUAUCUCCGGGGCACUAUUUUUCAGGAUUUACUGUUGUUUUCUACUUCCUCUUUGGACUUGGUAGAUUAUGCUGAUUCUGAUUGGGUUGGUGAUGUCACUAAUUGCAAGUCCACUUCUGGCUUCUGCAUGUUUCUUGGUGGUUCCUUGAUUUCUUGGAAGAACAAGAAACAGAUUGUUGUUGCACGUUCCACUGCCAAGGCUGAGUACCGUGCUAUGGCUCGUGCCAUUACUGAACUUGUUUGGCUUCGUUUAUUGGUGGCUGGGGCUGUAUUUGUGGCUGUUGCUGUGGCUACACUAGCUGGGACUGGGGUUGUGACUGUGGCUAUGGUUUUGUUGCAGUGGCUGUGGUUGGUGCUGGUGUUGGUGUUAUGUCGAAGUCCAAGGCAAAGCAGCAUUCUCCACUUUGCUUACUGCUCAGUAUCUGCUUUUUAG